AUGCUGUCGGUCCUGGUGUCAGAACCUUACUCGAAAGCCUUUGCAGCUUUGUUCCUGGUCCUGGUGGUUGUGUUGAUUCUGGGCAUUGUCAUGGCUUUUUGCUGGUACGUGGGCCGGGUGAAGUGGAAGGUGAAGGUUUCAGUGGCACACUCCGGGGUCCCGGACCUGUCACCUACGGCCACGGCUACGGUACCUACAGGACCUACAGUGGCUGCAGCUACAGCUACAGGAACAACCAGUAGCAGCAGUAGUACCAGUGCCGCGGCAGCUACCAGGAACAUGACAUCACCGUCGGUUUCAUCAUCAGCGACGUCAUCCGAAAGUUUCGAGGGUCCCACCGUUGGACGGCAUGAUUCCAGAGAGUCUGGGGCGCUGGGGCCCCGAUGUGCUAAGACUGCGAAGAAGAUCUACGUCUAUGCGCCAACACGAGGGUCUGCUUAUCACCUGCCCGGUUGCAACAUCGUUCUUUCCUCCUCCAAGUACCUGAAGGCUUGCUCUGAGGAAGAGGCAAUCGAAUUGUCGUUGCAGCCCUGUAGCCGUUGCAUCAGCAGGACCAAGAAAGUGACUCCAUUGAAGUGA